CAACUUGACAAUGUCCAAAUACGACGAGUUAUCGACACCUGUCAUAUACCGCUCAAAUAGUCCUUUGAAGAGUUUGAUAGCACUUGGAACAAACGAGGAGGAUUACAACGAUUAUUUUGUUUUAGCAGGAGACGAGCCAAGAGGUAGAACACACGUUUCGCUUUAUCGUGUCAAUCAGUUGGUCGACACUGUUGAGUCUCAGUGUUUGCUAGAAACAAGAUGGGAUGCCUCGUCUAGUAAUCUAGUAGCCCUGAAGGAUGGAUUAUUCGCUAGUAUAGUAGAAGAGAGUACCCAUCCAGGAACACUUUGGUUAAAUAUUUACAACGUCUUAUCGAAGGAUGACAGAGACAAUAUUAUUUCAGAAAAGUUGCAAACCAAAAGUUGUAUACGUUUGGAUAAUUUGGAAACUUCUUUGAGUUAUGUGAAUCUGAUUGCAAACCGCAGUACCUGUUGUCAGAUAGCAACGGUUUCGUGUGACAAGUUAUUGAUUCAUGAUUAUGAAAAGGACUUGAACCAAAAUUUUCAUCUUACUCCACAGGAUUGUUGUUAUUGGAAACCUUGUGGUGAUUGGCAACCUGACAAUAGUGGCAACCAUCUUAUUAUUGGACGAGGCCAGAGUGUACAGUUGUGGGAUAUUCGUUCGCAAGAUACUUGUGCUGAUUUUGGAGUUUUUCCAAAUUUUGGUCAGAUACUUGCUCUUCGCUAUUUUCCACUUCGACAACAUUUUGUGAUGGGUGGUUUUUCAUCUGGUAAAGUUGUUGUAUGGGAUACGCGUUCUUCAUUGGAACCCAUUCUUUCAUGGACUGCUCAUCAUCACGCUAUAUUGGACUUGAAAAGUAACUGGUCACACGAAAGAUUGGUUGCAACAUGUGGAACGGAUGCCAUUAUUCAUAUUUGGGAUAUGAAAGAAUUAUUUUCUAUGUCCCCCACAGUUUCCAAAGGAAGUGCAAGACAACAGCCAUCUUAUGUGAAAUGUUCAUCGUUAGAAUAUCAUUCAGAUACAAUACAUGCACUAGAAUGGGGUAUCUCUAAUGAGUUUACGAUUGCUUCAGUUGGAUACGAUGGCAAUUUUAUUCUUACAACAAUUCCAUCCUUUGUGAGAGACAAAGUGUUUACUUGAGAGUUCCAACACGUGUCCACUCUAUGCUGUAUGUAUAACAAUGCGAUAGACAUCAUUCUAU